AUGGGAACAAUACAAAGACGUCUUCUCUUACUUCUGUCUCUGCUGCUUCAUCUCAACCCUUCACUCUCAUAUUCACUGAAAAACUGCUCUGUUGAUUAUUCUGAGGAUGGCUCUGCUCAUAUUGUCUUGAAUUGCCUUUAUGGUGAUCUUGCUGCUGUCCCUCAUGACAUCCCCAGAGAUGUAAGCUCAGUAGAUCUCAGUUACAAUCUCAUUGGACAGAUUAACAGGAAAGAUUUUGGCUUCUUUUCAAAGCUGAGACUUUUGUUCCUGGACUCGAAUAAGAUUGCUCACGUAGACAAUGGGUCUUUUAUCGGGUUGGUGGCGUUGUCAAAACUUGGCAUGAGAGCUAAUGAACUCACCAGCCUGACAGGAAACCUUUUCCAGGGACUGUCCAACCUCACAACGCUUGACAUUGGGGAAAACAAAAUCCAGUUCAUCGAUGCCUCAGCCUUUCACUUCCUGACCAGUUUACAAACUGUGAUGCUGGAUUUCAACCAGAUCCAACAAGUUUCAGACAUUCAGCCCAUCUUACAGCUACCACAUCUACAAAAUCUAAGCAUUGGACAUAAUCAAUUUAAUUCUUUCCAGACCAAAGAUCUGCUGCUGAACAUGUCCUCAAGCCUGAAGGUGUUGGAUGUAGCUCAUAGUGAGUUGGAAAUAUUCAGCAUCACCACACCGAUCUUUCCUCACCUUGAGCUGAUUAACAUUUCUCGUUGUGGCAGAAGUGCCCGUCUGAAAUGGGACAUCCCUGACAAGACUUUACUGAAGAACAUAACUCAACUGUAUUUUGGCUUUACUUCACUGCCUUUUAAAGACAUGCAAAAAGUCCUGCAGAGUCUUGACUCGCUGAUGCAUCUUACUCUAAAUUAUAUGGAAAGGUGGAUCAAAAAUGGCCUCUUAGAUACAGUCUGCAAAAUCCCGACGCUUAAGAAGCUGGAUCUGUCUUACAACUCUUUCCCCAAAAUCAGUGCAAAGCUUGUAAAUUGCUCUCAGCUCACUGAACUUGACCUGUCCAGUACUGUGAUGACUGAAGUGUUUCCAGGCUCCAUACAAUCGAUGAAGCAACUGAGGUACCUCAACUUACAAAACAACAAGCUCUCCAAAGUGCCAGAUGACAUCAGGAGUCUCUCCUCCCUCGAGAUCCUGGAUCUGAGUAAUAAUCAUCUCAUUGAGUUGGGCUGUGGAGAUUUCCUUAACACAACACGCCUCACUGAACUUAAUCUGAGCAACAACCGCAUUGCCAAACUGGACUCGUGUGCCUUUGAAAAUCUGGAAGAUCUGAAAGUUUUAGAUUUAAGUUACAACCUGCUGUCGACAUUCAGAGGCGCCUUCAAAACUGGCCUGCAGAAGCUUGAAUUCCUCCAUCUGAGCAAUAACUUUGUGUCUGUUUUGGAAAAUGGGGAUUUUGAAGCUUUAGGAUCUGUAAAGUAUUUGGAUGUGGUGUUAGAUAAUAUCAACAGGGUGAAACAGGAAGCUUUUGACGGAAUGAACCACCUAGAAACUCUUAAUGUGAAGCUUCCUCUCCAUUUUGAAAUAAACUUCACAGGACUGCAUCAGCUGAAAAGUCUCACAGUACAUUAUAAUACUGACAGCAGAGGCAAUCACUUUGGCUUUCCCUUAGAUGUACCAACAUACAUCUACAUGGCUAUGAAAAAUUUAGAGGAGUUCACGGCUGUGAAUGUGUUUGAUUCUGCGCCGGAUCCAACAACAUUUUGGUUCAACCCUAAGGUCAAGAGUUUGACGAUCCAGCAGACUGAUUUGACAGAAUUUGAUCCUAAUCUGUUUGAGCCGAUCCCAAACCUGCAGUCCCUCGAUCUGUCCAAGAACAAACUCAGAUCUUUGGAUUUUCUGGCUCAGGCCGACCUGCCGGUUCUCAGCUGGUUGAAACUCAGUGAGAACGAGUUGACGGUGAUCAAUGAGACGGUCUUCCAGUCUCUGCCUGCACUAACAUAUCUGGACCUGCUUGGUAACCCUUUCACCUGUGACUGUUCUAAUGUCGGCUUCAUCCAAUGGAUGAUUAGCAACAACCAGACACAAGUUGUUAACGCCUACCAGUACACUUGUUCCUUUCCUCCCAAUAAACAAGGAAGCAAGCUGCUGGACUUUGACAUCCAGUCCUGCUGGAUGGACGUUAAUUUCCUCUGCUUCAUUUCCAGCACUUGUCUGGUUGUGCUAACUCUCCUCACAUCCUUCAUCUACCACUUUCUGAGGUGGCAGCUAACCUACGGCUUCUACCUCUUCCUGGCCUUCCUCUAUGACAAGAGGAAGAGGAAGCAGGAAGCUCCUCACUGCUACGACGCCUUCAUCUCCUACAACGUUCAUGACGAGGCCUGGGUUUACCAAGAGAUGCUUCCAGUGCUGGAAGGAGAGCAGGGCUGGAGACUCUGUCUGCACCACAGAGACUUCCAACCAGGUAAGCCCAUCAUAGAGAACAUCACAGACGCCAUCUACAACUGCAGGAAGACCAUCUGUGUGAUCAGCCGUCACUACCUGCAGAGCGAGUGGUGCUCCAGAGAGAUCCAGAUGGCCAGCUUCCGUCUGUUUGAUGAGCAGAAGGACGUGUUGAUCCUGCUGUUUCUGGAGGACAUCCCUGCUCAUCAGCUGUCUCCGUACUACCGCAUGAGGAAGCUGGUGAAGAGACGCACCUACCUGAGCUGGACGCAGGCUGGUGGACACACAGGAGUCUUCUGGCAGAACGUACGGAGAGCUCUGGAGACGAGGGACGCUCCCAACGAGACCACCAACCUGCUGACCGGACCCACGGGACGCUUUCACCAAGGGUCCAGACGUCCUGAUGCUGAAGACCCUUAA